CGCAAACGAGUGUGCCUGGGCAGAGGAGGUGUUCGACUGAAGGCGACCCGACACCCGACGACCCCGUGCGCGCGACACACGACCGCUCCCUCCGGGUAACCCCGUCAAAGGCGCGAGACUCCGGCGCGAUCGACAAUAACGCUCGGAUGGGAGCACUGCUCCGGGCGCGAUCCGCUCUCUCAUAUAUGGAGCAGAAUCGCGGGAAACGCCUGUUUCACGUGCCGUGUCGCGCGCAGUGAGUGCGUGUGCGUGUUCACGUAGCGCAGCCGCCGCCGCCGCCGUCGUAAUCACCGACGAAGCGAGGUGGAGGACACGAAGGGCGCCACGCACAAGGGCACGGAAGAGAGCGAGCGGAGGAGCCAAGACCGCGAGGGAACGGGAGCGGCGAGGGCCGAGAGCGAGUGGCUGUGCGCGCGUGUGCGUGUGCGUGUCGCGGCUUGCAUGUGUGGCGCGCGCGGCCGCGCGCGUGUGCCAAGAACCGAGAAGGAGGAGAGAAGCCCGUGCGCGCGACAGGAGGAGCGAUUAUAGGAGCAGCCUGCCGCUUCUCUGCCUUGCCCCCUUGAGGAGAGGAGCGCGCGAGAGCGCGCCGCGCUUUUUUCCUCUUCGCCGCCCGCCGUCGCCGCCGCCGCCGCCGCCGCCGGGGCAAUGUCUCUCGAGACACGUUCGAGCUCGGCCCUGUUCAAGCGAGCCGAACAGCUCAAGCGCUGGGAGCAGUCCGAGACGAAUCGCGAGCCCACGCAGCCGCGCCAAGUCGCGCGCAAGAUCAAGUUCUCCGCCGACAUCGUGUUCCUGGCGGCGUGCGCGGCCAGCGACAAGGAGGAGGUCGUGCGUCUGCUGCAGAAGGGGGCGGACAUCAACACCGGGAACGUCGACGGCCUCACCGCGCUGCACCAGGCCUGCAUCGACGAUGACCUGGAUAUGGUGGAGUUUUUGGUGGAGCAAGGAGCGGACAUCAAUCGCGGGGAUAACGAAGGCUGGACGCCCUUACACGCCACAGCGUCUUGUGGAUUCAUAUCUAUCGCCAAAUACUUGAUAGAACAAGGAUGUAAUCUGGCAGCGGUAAACAAUGACGGUGAACUGGCGCUGGAUAUUGCGGAGAGCGACGAGAUGGAAGACAUGCUCCAACAGCACAUAAAUAAAGCAGGUAUCGAUUGUGAUCAAGCAAGGAGCGAAGAGGAACGAUCAAUGCUGAAUGAUGCAAAAGCUUGGCGGUCAGGUGCACCUGGCAAAGAUUCUUUGCAUCCAAGAUCAGGAGCCACUGCACUCCAUGUUGCUGCCGCCAAAGGCUACAUCAAAGUCAUGAACAUAUUACUACAAGCUCGAUGCAAUGUUGAUGCACAGGACUUUGAUGGAUGGACGCCUUUGCACGGUGCGGCACAUUGGGGUCAACUGGAAGCUUGCAAACUUCUUGUUGAAAAUGGCUGUGAUAUGGAUAUAAAAAAUUACGCCGAUCAAACUGCUUUCGAUGUUGCUGAUGCAGACAUCCUCCAAGCUCUUGAAAAUUUGAGAGAACAACGAGCACUUAUCAUGAAAGAAACUCCACAAACAAAUAAUAAGAAGCAAUCGUCUAUACCAAAGAAACGUGUCUCAACGAGUGCUGAUAAUGCAGUAGCGGCACAAGAAUCUACCGAGAUCUUUGAAGAAGAAACGCCAAAUAAAGUUAAGAAGGUUGAAUUAGAGAUUCAAUCCGAUAAAGAAGAUUCCAGCACUAGUACAAACAGCGACGUUGAAGCAACACGUGAAACACACAUGGAAGAGAGUGAUGGUGAAGGUGAAUCUGAGACUAGCUCAGAAUCACACUCUUCCACUUUCUCCAAUCAAUCUGAUAAGUCUAACCACGCGACAUGUCUUACAGAUGACGAAAAGAAAAAUAGAGUAAACAAAGAUGAAAGUGCACCCCAUAGUCCAAUAUCUCCGGUCGAAACUAAUAAAGUUCCUAAUCAGGCUCCAAUAUUGCCUCCAAAACAACAGACUGAUAAUAAUGAGGACGGUGUUGUACCAUCUUGGAGACGUUCAGGUUCCUUUCGAAAUAGAAUGCAAAGUACUGAAACUACUAAUUCUACAUCUACAAAACUCGAAGAUAAGGAUAACAAUAUUAAGAUACCAACAUCACCAAACAAAGUUAGUGGAGAAUCCGAUGUGGUGUUAAGAAGGACGCACAGUUUCGAGACAGAUGAAAAGUUUUAUAAGCAGUAUUUGGCAUUACGUGCCCGCAUCAAGGCGUUCUCGUGCCCUACCCUCCAUCGCUGCAAUGCAGCUACUCCUACUCACACCAAUGCUACGAUUCGCUCUGCAUCUCUACGCGAAACACACAGAAAAAAAGAUGUGAAAUUAAAUUUGGAAUUGUCAAGACUGCCACAAGGAAGCAAUACACUUUCACCAACAUCCGCAUCUAAAACAUUGGCAUCGAGUCUAUUGUCAUCCAUUACAACAACUACCACUGCCACCACAACAACAAGUCCUAUUCCAGUCAAUCAAAUUCGCAGCGUUCAACCAGUGGAAGCUGCAUCUACAGUUGUAUCGAAUACAAAUAAUGCAGUAACAACUGCUCCUGGAACUCCCACUACACCAGGAGGGAGCAAGCUAAGUCCAGGAAAUAUCUUCAAGAAUUUCUUCAAAUCCUUCGUCCCGCCGGUACGCGAUGAAGAAAGUGAAACCCAAAGGAAAGCCCACGCAAAGAGAGUAAGAGAAACCAGAAGGUCUACUCAAGGUGUGACGUUGGACGAGAUCAAGAGCGCGGAACAAUUAGUGAAGAAAAAGCAACAGAACAACGAAACGCCGGCAACAACACCGUCCACGCAGCCUACUACUACCGUCAGCAAUACAGCUUCGAUCACAGCUACGAUAACAACCGCAACCUCCACUACCGUGACUACCGCAAGUAAAGUUUCGGAAGAAUCUAAUUUACCUGAGAGACGACCGUCUUGGAGAUUAAGGGUAGACAAUGGAAGCAAGUUUCAGUUGGAAGAUGCUAAUAACAAGCCUACACUUACUGAUAACACAACGGCCUAUAUGAGAAGACCGUCUGGUGGGACUGGUGUACCCAGACCAUCGUCAGCCCCAGUGGAAACUACUGCCACCAGUAGUACAGAAACCACAGUCACUUUACCCCUUAGAAGAUCGCUAAAGCAACCUGAUGACAAAGAACAAGAUAAGGAAAAUGACAGUAGAAACGCACAAGCUACACAAGCAGUUAUUCAAAGGAGACGUCGGCCUAAGAGAAGAUCGACAGGCGUAGUCCAUGUGGAUAUGGAUGAAAUUGACCCAGAAAAGCAAGACCUUACAGCUGGCGGCGAUUGUGAUGAUGCUAAGGUCAAUCACAAUGAAAUGCAUGAAUGAUAAACUAAUUUCUACGAUAAACACCAGAUUGGUACGCGAUAUAAUCCGCUGAUUUAAAAUAUAUUAUUCUUUCGUUUUACCGGCCUUCGACUUACAAACUCCUUCUGACAGACGGACGCCAAAGCGUCUGUCUGAAUUUCGACUUACGAGUCUCUUGCCACGGAUUUACCAGACACUUGCCAAAAAUCCAAAAUUGGAUAACGCGCAGUUGAGUGACGCAGAGGGAAACACAACACUCGUAAAUCCGGGAAAGCAUAUAGGAUAUAAGACAUUACCUCAUUUCGACUUCGACACCGAGAGCUUUAAUCUUUGUGUAGUUCCCAUUGUUAAGUGAUUACUUUAUGCGUAAAGGGAGAUGCAAAGAAAGUACUUUUUUUAAUAUCCACGUAAUUAUUUUUGCUUCAUCCUGGAAGCUCGUUCAUAACGUUCCAGCCGACCUUUUUCAUUCGCUGGGUGUAAACGGUUGCUAAACCAUGUGGAAUCGUAUAUGUACUGCAAAGUACAUGCUUAGAUGGGAGAGGACAGAUAUAAGAUUUAGAGUACAUCAUUGUUACAGUAGAAAUGAAUAGGACAUAAAGUGCAUAUUUCGAAGAGAUCUACAACUUUGGUUUAAAACAAAU